GUCAAGUUACAGAGGCGCCGGAAUCGGCCCCAGCGCGGCUCACUGCAGCCACAACCCACCUCUGCCCAUGGGGCCCUGCAUGCGCGCCCCUUCGCCCGGGGACUGACACCCGCUCUCCCCGAAGACACCAAACACCCAGAAGGACCCCGAGCGUCGCACCAGCCCGAGGACUCUGCAGAGGCGAGAAGGCAAAGAGCGGGGAGCGGGGCCAGGUCUCCGGAUUGGAACAUUCUUCGAAAUAACUUUUUUCUUACUUUGACGUACCCCGAUCGCGUCUGCUGGUGGCUCUUGGCUUCCCCCCACUCCGACUGCUCAUUUUCAGUCCUCUUUGGCGAGCAAAGGAAAGGGACGUCCUCUAGCCACGCUAGCCCCCUUUCCCCUUGCCUAUCAGUUUGGAUCGCGCCUCUUGGAUCUCGUUUUUAUUUAUUCUAUUUAUUUAUUUAUUGGCUCUCAAGUCCCGAGGGGAUGGUGGCGGAGCGCGCCCGCAAAGCGGCAGCCUCUGGCAACCGCGGGCCGGGGGAGCUGGGCGCACCAGGGCCCGGGACAGUGGCGCUGGCUGAGCAGUGCGCUAGGCUGCCGAGCCCCGGGUGCUGCGGACUGCUGGCUCUGGCGCUGUGCUCGCUGGCGCUCAGCCUGCUCGCCCACUUUCGGACCGCUGAGCUGCAGGCCCGAGUGUUGCGCCUGGAAGCGGAGCGCGGGGAGCAGCAGAUGGAGAAAGCUAUUUUGGGACGAGUCAACCAACUGCUGGACGAGAAAUGGAAGUUCUACUCACGCAGGCGCCGGGAGGCCCCGAAGAUGCCUCCAGGAUGUAACUGCCCACCAGGACCUCCUGGUCCCACUGGAAGACCUGGACUCCCAGGGGACAAAGGUGCCAUCGGGAUGCCUGGGCGCGUGGGUGCCCCUGGAGAUGCGGGGAUGUCCAUCAUCGGGCCUCGAGGCCCCCCUGGCCAGCCUGGUACCAGAGGCUUCCCUGGAUUCCCGGGUCCCAUUGGUCUUGACGGCAGGCCGGGCCACCCCGGACCUAAAGGGGAGACGGGCCUGGUGGGUCCUCGAGGACAGCCGGGACCUCAGGGACAAAAGGGAGAAAAGGGUCAGUGUGGAGAGUACCCACACAGGGAGUACCCAAGCGGCACGCUUGCAGCUCUGCGCUCCAACCCGAUAAUUCCCCUAAAGGGGGAACAAAGCCAGGCUGGCAUCCAAGGCCCUCCAGGACCACCGGGUCCCCCAGGACCAAGUGGUCCUCUAGGACACCCAGGACUGCCAGGGCCUAUAGGGCCACCUGGUUUACCUGGCCCUCCUGGACCAAAGGGAGACCCAGGGAUCCAGGGCUAUCAUGGCCGCAAGGGAGAGCGGGGCAUGCCGGGAAUGCCAGGCAAGCACGGAGCCAAGGGGGUUCCUGGGAUUGCCGUGGCUGGGAUGAAGGGUGAGCCAGGGACACCAGGAGCCAAGGGUGAGAAGGGCACUGCAGGCUCCCCUGGCCCCCUGGGGCAGAAGGGAGAAAAAGGUGAUGCCGGCAAUGCCAUUGGAGGAGGCAGGGGGGAGCCUGGCCCCCCGGGGCUCCCUGGGCCCCCUGGGCCAAAGGGAGAAGCUGGUGUCGAUGGCCAGGCUGGGCCCCCAGGACAGCAAGGAGACAAGGGACAGCCAGGAGCAGCUGGGGAACAGGGACCCGCUGGCCCCAAGGGUUCCAAGGGUGAACCCGGCAAGGGAGAGUUGGUGGAUUAUAAUGGCAGCAUCAACGAGGCGCUUCAGGAGAUCAGGACACUGGCCUUGAUGGGGCCUCCUGGUCUUCCUGGACAAACAGGCCCGCCCGGACCUCCAGGGACUCCAGGUCAAAGGGGGGAGAUUGGACUGCCAGGCCCUCCAGGACAUGAUGGAGACAAGGGGCCUCGAGGAAAGCCAGGAGAUAUGGGGCCUGCUGGUCCUCAAGGACCCCCAGGAAAGGAUGGACCUCCAGGAAUGAAGGGAGAGGUCGGGCCCCCAGGAAGUCCAGGGGAGAAAGGAGAGACAGGACAAGCAGGCCCCCCGGGAGAGAAAGGAGAAGUUGGGGAGAAAGGCGACCCGGGAGCAGAGGUUCCUGGGCCACCAGGGCCAGAGGGUCCUCCAGGACCUCCGGGCCUCCAAGGUGUUCCUGGACCAAAGGGAGAAGCAGGUCUAGAUGGCAGUAAAGGAGAGAAGGGCUCCCAGGGAGAAAAAGGAGACCGGGGGCCUCUGGGAUUGCCUGGUACUCCAGGACCAAUCGGGGUUCCAGGCCCAGCCGGACCAAAGGGGGAAAGGGGCAGCAAAGGCGACCCAGGGAUGACAGGACCAACAGGAGCAGCUGGGCUGCCUGGUUUACAUGGACCACCCGGGGACAAAGGAAACCGGGGGGAAAGGGGAAAGAAGGGCUCUAGAGGGCCUAAAGGGGACAAGGGGGACCAAGGAGCACCUGGACUGGAUGCCCCCUGCCCACUGGGAGAAGACGGCUUACCAGUCCAAGGCUGCUGGAACAAGUGAUGCCUCUAACCUCGGACUGGCCUGUGUGUGUUUGUAUAUAGGAUAUUUAUUUUUAUACAGUUUUCACCUUUUGAAAAAUGCCCAAACUAUGAUGCAUCUUACAGAUCAUUAAAAGAGAAAGAAGAAAAGCCUGCAUAUUUUGUACAGGAAAUAACCCCUUUCCCUUUUGUUUACAAGACAUGUUUGUAUAAAUCUGUUUCUAAUACACUUUUUGUCUGUGUGUCUGCUCCUAAUGUUGCAUGAUAUUUGUGCACACUUAUUAAAUAUCACAGCUUAAUAAAUUAUUGUGUUCCGGUGCCAAAGGGGGCCAGCCAGCCCAGAGAUGCUGCGAACUUACGUGUGAAUUCACAAAAACAUGGAGGUCUGUGGUGUUUGCCAGACUAUAUGUGUCUGACAAUAUUUUAAACUUUAACUGACUUUCAUUAUUAUAAGAAAAAAAUAAAACGUGGCAAUUCAUG